AACUUUCUAUUUGGUUAUUAUAGCUGCUGCUGUCCGCGCCGACUCAAUCUGUGUCUACUGUGGUCCUCGUUCUGCAGCUGGUUUUUACGUUCUUUGGAACGCUUCUUUGGUUGGUUUGGUGCAGGGAUCGCCAAACGUCCAUUGAUAACAAUCCCGUUAUGUCUCGUGUUUGUCAGUGUCUGUUCCGUGGGGUUUGUUUGGUUCCAGUCAGAAACAAGAACUGAAAAACUGUUCAUACCUCAAGACAGCAAGUCCAUAAAUGACUUGGAAAUUGCUGAGAAAUACUUUCGAGUCAAGAUUCGAGAGGAAAUCAUCCUUUUGGUGGCAUUGCCCGGUAAUCAGAAUAUUCUUUCUCCUGAGUGUCUAAGACAGGCCUUUCAAGCUCACAAUGCAGUUAUAGAAUUGGAGUCGUAUACCAAUUUUUGUGUCACACUAUCAGCGAACAAAUCAAAGUCACCAGAAGAAUGCGUGAUGAUCAACCCGCUGGAAUUCUUACAGUUCAAUGAAAGUAAACUGAGUGGUAAAGACCCAACACAGAUUCAACAUGAACUAAGUAAAGCGUACAACGACACCAGCUCGCUCAUGCGCAAUGGACGCCCUUUCUGGUUCAACUUCAACCGUAUGUUUGGUGAUGCUAUUCGCAAAGAUGGAAUCGUAACCGAAGCCAAAGCAUUGCAAAUGAUUUAUCUCAUUCAAGACCCUAGCGACGACGAAACGAACGAAAAAGUUCUCGCUUGGGAGAAGAAUUUCGUGGACAAGGUAGCUUCAUUAGUUGACAAACUUCCCUGCUUUGAAGUCCAUUACUCAAGUGAAAGGAGCUUGGACGAUGCUAUCGCCGAGAGCAGUGGGUCUGAUGUUUCACUUGUGGCAAUAACUUUCACCAUCAUGAUCUCGUUUGCUUGCUUCAUACUAGGAAAGUUCUUAAAUCCGCUGACCGGACAUUCCCUGCUCGCUAACGCAGGAGUGUUCGCAGUGGCUUUAGGUAUUUUGGCGGGGCUUGGCCUUGGUAUGUGGUUCCGAGUGCCAUUUAUCAGUCUCGUGGGAGUGCUGCCAUUCCUGGUUCUUGGAGUCGGCAUCGACGACAUGUUUAUCAUGGUAGAUGAGCUUGAUCGACAGCCACGUGAUCUUUCAACGGUUGAAAAGAUCAAAGCGGUUAUGAAGCAUUCGGCGCCGACUGUUUGCAUGACAACAAUGACCGAUUUGGUAGCGUUUGCUGUUAGCACUUCCACGUCAUUUCCGGCCAUAAGGUAAAAUAGUGCAAACUAAGUGAGAAUUUAACUUACACUAAAUUACAUCCCUCUUCUCGAAUGUAGCACUGAUCAUCUUAGGCAAGACACUUCUUUCUCGCUCACGAAGCCUCUUUCCAUCAGUAAUAAUAAUAACCAAUUGUUUGGCAAAUUGAGGAGUUCCCGGGGGAGCUCCUGGACUAACUGGGCUAUUCACUUCAUCCUACAGAGUGAGAGAUUGAAAGGGAAAUAGUAUAGUGGGUCACUAAGCUUUAGUGACUGAAUGCGUGGCAUGUUUUAAGGAUACUUCAGUCUUUCUAAAUUUUGAAAAGAAAACCAUAAGGGAUUGAUUUGUAGUUUGACUGUUGUAAGUCACAUUGGUAAUCAAUUUGUUAAAUAAAGUAACAAUAAUGAAAUGAUCAACUUUCGUAGCAAUCCUCCUAAAGCGUGACAACAAAUUCAUUUCCCCCUCCUUCUCGCACGAAAACCCACCGAGAGCUUACUACCCAGACCAGAGUUAGAAUCGGCUCAGUUUAUUUUCAUGAUUACCUGUUUGUAAACUAAAAGACUUCUUCCGUUUAGGUAUUUCUGUAUCUACGCCGGUUUGACCGUCACUUUCUCUUUUCUCAUGAUCGUCACAUACUUCGUGGCUAUCAUGUCAUUUGACGUAAGACGCAUUAAGUCGGGGCGCAGAGACUGUUUACCAUUCUGCCAUGCCCCUCCGCCGAAGGAAGGUGCGCCUGCCUGGGAUGAGCCUCUUCCACAGACGUCAAAUCGUGCCAUGGAGUACUGGGGCAAGUUCGUGACAAAACCGACGACUAAAAUUGUAGUCAUUUUCCUCUCACUGUCUCUCCUUGGUGCUGGGAUUUAUGGAGUCACUCAAGUGGACGAGGAGUUUGAUAGGAGAAUCUUAGCAAAGGAUGAUUCAUACUUGAAACGAUUUCUGACCGCUCAACAAAAUCACUUUGAACUUUCCCUUCCAGUGAGCAUCGUGGAGACUGGUGGGGUCGAUUACGGAAUGAGCUCCACUCAGGAACAAAUCAGAGCACUUACGUCAAUCGUUACGGAGAAUAAACACUAUAAAAACCUGUCUUUCUCGUGGAUGGAUGCAUUUGCACAGUAUGCUAAGAAGUCUAAUAAGAACAUAACUGGUGAAUGGUUUUUGCCUGAAUUGAAAGCGUUCCUCCGUAUCCCUGACUUUGCAUAUUUCAAUCAAGACUUACGUUUCUCCGCAGACAACUCAAAGUUGGAAGCUUCUCGCAUACUCGGUUUUAUGAAGGAUUCUGCCAGCUCCACUUUUCGAAAAGAUGCAAUGAUCACGCUACGAGAAAAAAUAACCGAAAGAUCGAAACUUAAUGCAUUUCCGAUCAAUCGGAAUUUCAUUUUCAUUGAACAGUACGCUAUCACGUCAAGGGAGACUAUAAGGAACCUAUUGAUCGCGGGCCUUACGGUCGUAAUCAUCACGAGCCCCUUUUUGGUGGACUUCACCGUGACGCUCCUCGUGUUGCUUAACUUUGCGGCCCUGAUAUGCGAGUUAUUUGGUUUGAUGGUCAUCUGGGGAGUAUCCCUGAACACAGUCUCUAUGGUCAAUCUUGUCAUGGCUAUUGGUUUUGCAGUUGAUUAUAGUGCGCACGUCGCGCAUGCUUACGUGACAUCUGACAAAGCAACAGCCAAUGAGCGAGUGAUAGAGGCUCUAAGCACACUAGGUGCGAGUGUCCUCAUGGGAGGUGAGUGGUACACUGUAGAUGACACAGCGGUCAAACGUAAGGCAUCCGCAGGGGUCGCGCAAAAGUUACGAGAAGAAAUUAGUAGGUUGGUAGAAAACUGCAAAAGGAAGCAGAAACAGGGAAAAAAAACUUGAGACCUUGCGAACAAAAAAAAAAUAUUCAAGUACGAGUAUCGGGUAUCGUUCUAUCGAUCCAGAGAAUAUGAGCAAGAAAAUAUAGGCUCAAGUUCUCUAGGUUGUCGAGCUGACAGACCUGAAGAAUCAAAAUUUGAUAACUAUCAAUAAAUGAUUUUUUCCGACAUUGCCUUGAUGCGGCAGUUUUGAUAGAUUUUUGUAAAUUAAAAACUCAACUGUUUUUUCAUUUUGUUUAUGUCUAUCAGGUUGUAGUACGUUUCUUGGUAUGGUCAUACUUGCAUUUGCAGCUUCGGAAAUCUUCCGGAUUUUCUUCAAAAUGUUCUUCGGAAUUGUCGUGCUUGGUCUCCUACACGGACUGUGUAUCAUGCCCGUCUACUUGUCUUUCAUGUGCUGGAAGCCCGUUGUUAUUAAACCUUCCUCGACUGAGGACGAAACCGAAGAGAUGAGUGGAGGAGUGGUGCGACAAAAGGAUUCCCAAGUAUUUGGCAACGGUUUACAACUAGCAUCCCUUGCGAAUGAGGAGGAGAUUCCUGCUCACAGGAAGACUGCAUCGCAACUCUCUGAGGAUGGCACCCAAGCCCAGCAAAUUGAUAAAAACGGAAAGGGCAGCACCCAGCGUGAUGAUGACACUGUCAUCGAUGGAGGAAUUGAAAAUAAGGGGAUUACUUCUGAUGAAGAAGAAUUAGGGUUCAAGUCAACAGAUGAAAAUCAUAUAGGCAUAUAA